AUGGCUGUCGUCAACGAGGCUCGUGGUGAAGCCCGAUAUGUUGUUCGGGAAGCGCGGGAAGAGUGGCCUUGUUGCUCUCAAUUUGGAUAUGGCUCAGGUCGCCGAGUUUGUGAAGCAGCGUCUUGGCAAGAAGAACUAGAGAGUGAACUUCAUUUCCUCGUCACCAUGAGAGCCAAGUGGGAAGAAGAGCAUGAGGAGGUUGAAGAGGAAGAGCCGAAAGAUGAGACAGAGAUCCAAGUAGUUUUGCCGCCAUCCACCAUCAUCGACGUCGUCUCCCACCUGAUUCCCAUGGCCACAAGAAAGAAGACCAUGCCAGAUAAAAUCCUGCAACAUUUCGGAGCAGAAAACAUCAUCAAGUGGAGGGCAUUACCGCUCAGAUUCCACCAAAACAUUCCAGAGAAUGUCACUGCCAGUUUCCAACACCCUCUUGAUCUUCAAGCACCAAUAACUAGAAAAUCCUCCCAAAUCUAG